CGAAGGGAAGCCAUCCGUGUAAAGGGCUUAGAUUAUACACCCAGAUUCUGGCAAGGGAUCGACCCCGGGUAUUCAUGGAAACCCCUGAGUGCGCGCCCGUCUCGGGCGCAGGGAAAACAGCGACGCACGAGACAAAGCAAGUUUGCAGAACAGCAGGGGGCAGAGAGGCCGUAAACAAGCCAACCGGCCGCACUUGUAGCGGUUCUGUUGCUAAUGCCAUUCAGACCCCAGUCCAGCAUUCCGCGCUCGGGGUGCGAGAGGCAGCUCCCGGGGCGGGGCGGCGCGGGGCGGGACCCGGGCGGGGCGGGGCGUCCCGGUCCAUUAGGUCCCGCGCGGGUCCCCGGGCCGCAGACACGACGCCUCUCUGCUGGGUCGCAGACUCUGCUAUCAUCGCCGCCGCCGCCGCCGCCGCCGCCGCCGCCGCCAGAGGAGAAAUGUCUGAAGUAAGACCCCUCUCCAGUGACAUCUUCAUGGAGACCCUCCUGUGUGAGCAGUUCGUGGAUCCCCUGACCAUGGAGGUUGUUGGUGGGAGUGACCCUGAAGAGGACCUGGACCCUGUGGAGGACCCUUUGGAAUGCAUGGAGAACAGUGACGCACUGGCCCUGCAGCUGGCCUGCAUCGCGGACCAGAUGGAUGUGAGCCUCAGGGCCCGGAGGCUGGCCCAGCUCUACGAGGUGGCCAUGUACAGCCCGGGUCUCGCUUUCGUCCUCGACCGGACCGACAUCGGGGAUGUUCUUAGCGGUGUCGUGGAUGUUUUCGCUAACUUCCAGGAGGACAUAGUGAGGCUCUGGAGAUCCCUGAGCUCCGGGUCCUGGGUGUCCCGCAAACAGGCAGUGCUGCUGGCACUCCUGGCGCUGCUGCUGGCGAUGUUCAGUGGGGGUCUGCACCUGCUGCUCAAGUGAGGCCCCUGUGGCUCAGGGCGGGGCUGGCCCCACCCCUGCGACCACUGCCCUGGCACUGCCCUGGAGGUGGCAGCCUACUGGUGUUAUCUUUUUAACUGUUUUCUUAUGAUCCCUUUUUAUAUUUAAACUCUGAGAUAGUGCUGGAACACUGCUGAGGUUUUAUACUCAGGUUUUUUUUCCCUCCAGUUUUUUAAGAGAUGAAUUCCUAUGGCUCCUAGUUUGUUACCGGUUAACUAUGGCCUGUGCCCAGGAAGAGCCAUUCACUCCUGCCCCUGCCCACAGGCAGGCAGCAGGGGGAGUGCUGGUCACACCCCUGUGUGAUGCAAUGCCCAGAAUCCACUGGAAUAGAUUCUGAGGAGCAGGAGUGCACAAUAAAAUGUUGGUUUCCAGCA